AUGCAGUUCCUCACAGUCUUCACCAUCCUCACUCUGCUGGGAAGUGCUUUGGCCAACCCUGUUUGCAAGCGUGCUACUGCCGAGGUCAUCGACAAUUGCAGCCAGGACGGCACCGUGGCUUUGACCUAUGACGACGGUCCUUACAACUAUGAGCAAGACAUCAUGAGCGCUCUCGAUGGAAACAAGGGCACCUUCUUCUACAACGGAAACAACUACGACUGUAUCUACAACCGCGCUGACGACAUCAAGGCGGUUUACAACGCCGGGCACACUGUCGGCUCGCACACUUGGUCUCAUUCCGACGUUACCACGUUGAGCGACUCUGACUUGAACUCUGAGCUGUCCAAGGUUGAAGAUGCUUUCGUCAAGAUUCUCGGUGUCAAGCCCAAGUACUUCCGACCUCCCUACGGCAACAUCAACGACCAAGCGCUUCAAGUUCUCGCUGACCGGGGUUACACCAAGGUCUUCUUGUGGUCCGAUGACACGGAGGACUCGCUUGGUGGUGGUGCUGCCAAGGGCGAGGAGGUGCUUGACGUUGUGGCCGCCGACUACCCAAACCCCCACCUCGUCCUCUCUCACUCUACUUACCAACAGAACCCUGACACUGUCCUCCCUCACUCCAUCCCCAAGCUCGAGGCCGCGGGGUACAAGAUUGUCACUGUGGGCGAAUGCCUUGGUACGGAUGAAUCGCCUUACGAGUACGUUGGCGAGCCCCAGUCGAACGAUGGGUCUUGGACUUGUUGA